CGAACGGUCUCACACUCCUGACAACACUCCUCGUCGAGAGAGAUAGCUAGUAAGUAAGUAGCAAAAAUCAGUGUAUUCGUGAUGGGAAGAAUGAUGAAUGGUGGCAGCGGUGGGAGACAAGAAAACAAGAGAUGGUCGUUAAUCCAUGGUCCUCGUCUCUUGGAAUUCUUACUGAUGAUAUCCAUGAUUCAUGUAGCAGCAAGUCAGAACAAGAUGAAUACUCUUGAUCAAGGUUUGAACAAGAUUCGAUCCCCAAGAUAUGUCAAGACAGCAGGCAAAACAAACACCCAAUCUAGCAGGGUUUGUUACACCAAGGAAUUCAUUGAGGCAGCCGAACAAAUCAAAAGUUCGAUGAACACUUCUGUAGACCCUUGUGAUGACUUUCAUGGGUACGCUUGUGGGCUAUGGCCUAAGAACAAUAUUUUGCCGCCAGGCUAUACAUAUUAUGAUGUUUUAAAUAAGAUAUAUUUGAAAACAGAGGAAUAUAAAAAAAGUAUAUUAGAAAAUGGAACUAUAGAAGUCAACGGAAUGAGCAGAGAAGUAAAGGAUAUGCCAUCAGAUUUGUAUAAAUCGUGCAUAAACUUAACGGCCAUUGAAAAUCUUGGUGACGCACCUUUGAGGGAACGUAUUGUGGAAUUAGGAGGUUGGAAUAUGAUUGGAAACUGGAACGAAGAUAUGUGGGAUUUUGAGAAGACCCUUCUUUCUAUUCAUAAAGCUGCCUAUGGAGGGCCGGUGUUUUCGGUGGCAAUAGUACCCGAUGGCAAGGAUAUAACCAAGAAAUCUCUCUCUAUUGAUCAAGCGGGACCAGCCCUAGGGAAAGAAGAAUAUCUGAAUCUAUCAUCAAAGGAAAUUUUAGCAUACAAGCAGCUGAUCAUUGAUGUGGUAGUUUUGUUGGGGGGUGAUGCCAACACUACUGCUAAAAAAGCAGACGAGAUCAUUGAUUUUGAAGCCAAACUUGCAAACGUAUCCCAAACUGUAGCAGAAAUACAAGAAUCUUUGUCAAUAAAUGUAACUCUUGAACAACUUCAACAAGAAGUGCCUGAGUUUCAUUGGAAUGAUUACCUGAAUAGCAUGAUUGCACCAUCAUCAUCUACGAUGAAUAAAACUGAGCUAAUUUUCGUGCCUUCGCUGUCCUACCUAAAGAAGGCUAUGAAAAUAGUACAGAACACGUCAAAGAGUGUACUGGCCAAUUAUAUGAUAUGGUACGUGAUACGAACAGAGGUCAAGUGGCUUUCUGCGCCGUUUAGGAACGCGACUUUCAAAUACAAUCAAGUAACAGUUGGUACUACAUCUGAACAAGAACGUUGGAAAAAGUGUGUCGGUGAAGUGGAUGGCUCUUUUUCAGAUGUGAUUGCAGUUGCAUAUGUUAAUGAAUAUCAUACACGUUUCACAAGGCCAAUAAGCAUGGCGAAAGAAAUGUUUAAUGACACGAUUCAAGCAUUUAAAGAAAACGUCAUUUCCAGUGUGACCUGGUUAGAUAACGCCACUAAACGAGCAGUACUUGAAAAGGCUGACGCCAUGGGUAUCUUUGUUGGCUUUCCUGAUUACAUGUUGAACAGCACAAAAAUCGCUAAGUUAUUCGAAAAGUACAGAGGCCAAACCAUCGAAAUUCAAACAUAUUUCAAAAACAAAAUAUCUAUCUUCAAGCACAGCCAGCAUCGAAUGCUUGCGGACUUCAGAAAGCCCUUAGACAAUUCAAUAUGGUUUAUGUCUCCUCUUGACGGAAAUGCAGCUUACGAUUUAUCGUUAAAUAUAGUCUCAAUUCCAGCAGCCAUUCUUCAGCCACCAAUCUUCUUUCCUGACGAAUUGCUAAGAGCUUAUAGCUUAGGCAGCUUUGGUUCGGUUAUUGCACACGAAGUGAUGCAUGGUUUUGGUAAACUCGGUAGAUCCUUCGACAAGGAUGGAAAAACUAGAAAUUGGUGGUCAAAAAAAUCGGUUCAAGAAUUUUAUAAAAGAGUAGAUUGCUACGAAACACAAUUUUCCGCGUACAAGAUAUUAGGAAAAUGGCCGAUUAAUGGAAAAGAUACAGCUGAAGAGAAUGUCGCCGACGACGGCUCUUUAAAAAUAGCGCUAAAGUUGUAUUACGAUUGGGCAGAUCGACACGCUACUGGAUUCGACACGUGGCGGCUACCAGGACUGAAUUUUACCAACGAACAGCUCUUUUACAUAGGAUUUGCUCAG